UUCCUCCCCAGGAUUUUAUACCAACUUUUCCCAAGAAAACGAGGAAGUGCAAAGAUGAGAUGAUCUGAACAAAUGUUGAGGGUGGUGCCAGCCAAGGAAUCUUAAAAUUAUACUGAUCCUGUGAAGGGGUGAAAAAUCACAAAAUAUUUCCUGAGUCCAUUGAACGAAUUCAGUGCCUCCCUGAAUUUUCAAGAAUUCUCUGUGAUAUUUGAGCGGUGCAGAAGUCAUCGGAGGCGAUUUGUUUCUGGAUAAGUUGAAGCACAUCACUUGUUUCGAGAUGAGAUUGGCAGCACUGAGGUGAUCUAAGUAAAUCUCCCAAGGGCUCUUUUCCUACAAAGGCCAGGAUCUGGAUCCAUCAUGUCUUUUCCUUACAAUGACAUCAUUGAAAAUCCUGACUAUCACUAUUCUGAAACCUUGGAAAUCGACAAGUUAAGACCUUCUCAACGAAGUACACACCGUCCAGACAAUCCUUACGCCCCCUUUGGGGAAGACGACAAGGAAGGAGGACAAGGGCAGAAUUCACCAGUUCUGAUACCUCUGAGAUUAGUACAGAGUCCAGACGAGACUAAAUAUCCACCAACUGAUUAUGGGUUUGAAUUGCCCAGCAGAAACCCACAUGGAAAAGAAUAUGUUAAUCCUUCUUUUGAGUAUGAACCAGAACCUGAAGGGAUAUUACCUACUACCAGCCGUGCUUUCAAUAUUCAGGAUGCAGACAGUUAUUCAGAUGCAUCAGAGAGAGUUAAUAUUGUCCAGAGGCGUAGCAGGCGACACAAUUAUGCGACUUUUGCAAGGCCCAACUUGCUUCAUUUAGACCCAGAAUAUAUGGAAGCAAAGAGGAAAGAAGAAGAAAAAUUAAUCAACGAUCUGUCAAGCAUGUCCACCCAUGAAAGAGUUAAAGCAAUCCAGAAGAUUCCCAAAUCAAUGAAAGAAAAACGUGAAAUUAGGAACCGCGUCCUAACGGAAAAAAAAAAGAAAUCCUACAAACAGGAUGCUCAUCUGAAUUGUUGUACCCAGUGCUUUUACAACACGGCUUUGUCCUUCCGGCAGUUAAAGAACAGCUUUGUCGACUGCCUUCAGCUCUUCCAGUUUUGGCAGAAAACGCUCAAAGACAUUGGCAGCCAAUUUGGGACCAGCAUCCAUUCCUACUUUGUCUUCCUGACGUGGCUUCUCAUGUUCAACGUUUUCUCAUUCCUGAUCAACUUCAGUUUUCUUGCCAUCCCUCAACUCAUCGCAGGCCAGCCAAAUCACCUUUCCUUCACGAGUCUGGAGUUCUUGACCGGAGCUGGUUAUUUUACAAACACGGUGCUCUACAGUGGCUUUUACACAAAUGGCACAAUAGCAAAAAUUGAGAACGCCGCGCCGUACUACAUGCAACUGGCUUACAUUUUCACAAUCGGGAUUUAUUUUAUCAUCUGCUUUCUGAGCUUGAUCUACAGCAUGGCGAAAUCCUUCCGUAAUAACGUCGUGAUGCCUCAAAUGCACUCGGGCAACGCUGCCAAGCUUCUUUGCAUCUGGGACUUCAGCGUGAUGGACGAGAAAGCUGUCCGGAUGAAUCAGAAAAAUAUCUGCACGCAGAUCAAGGAGACCCUUUCUGAAAUGCGCAUUGAAUCUCUGAAGCUGACUCUGCAGCAAAGGAUUCUUCGCUUCUCGAUUCACCUGGCCUUCUGGUUUCUCUCGCUGGGCUUCACGGUGGCUUCGUGUGCUGGCAUUUACUUCUUCUCCCUUGUUAAUUUAGAGCUCGGAGAGCACCAANUGCCUAUCGUGGUGAGCCUCUUCAACCACGUGAUGCCGUUCCUGUACUCCUUCUCCAGCUUGGUUGAAAAGUUUGACUAUCCUAGGCACCAGAUCUACACUGCUAUUAUCAGGAAUGUCAUCUUGAAAAUAUCCACCAUUGGAGUCCUCUGCUACUACUGGCUCAACGUAGUAGCUCUCUCCAAAGUGGAGUGCUGGGAAACCUUCAUUGGCCAAGACAUAUACAGGCUGCUUAUAGCAGACUUUGUCUGCUGCCUCCUGGGUUCAUUCUUCGGUGAAUUUGUACUACGGCUUAUUGGCACCAAAUGCUGUAAAAAAAUUGGCGUGCCAGAAUUCGACAUUGCUCGAAAUGUUUUGGAUUUGAUCUACGCUCAGACUUUGACAUGGAUCGGGAUCUUUUUCGCCCCUCUGCUUCCGGCCAUCCAGAUGAUAACAUUUUUCAUCAUAUUUUGUGUGAAAAAGAUCAGCCUGCUGAAGAACUGCCAGCCGCCCCGCAAAGCUUGGCGAGGGUCCCAGAUGAACACCAUUUUCGUCUUCCUGCUCUUUUUCCCCUCUUUCACCGGAGUCCUCUCGGCCGUGGCGGUCACUGUCUGGAGACGGAAACCUUCCGAAGCGUGUGGCCCUUUCCGAGGUCUGACAUCUCCCUACGAAGCUAUCUCUGGCUGGAUUUCAGUCUUGACUUCUUCACCGAGCUCAGGAUGGGUAGUGUGGAUCUACCGCAACUUAAUCGAGAGCACACACUUCUUCUCCAUCCUUUCUAUCAUUGUGUUGAUGCUCAUAUACCUUUUCUGGCAAAUCAUCCGUGGACGGAAAACAAUGGUUAAACUGCUACAAGAGCAAAUUGUUAACGCUGGCAAAGAUAAAAUGUUUCUACUGAAGAAAUUACGUGGGCUGCAAGCUUCUAAGAUGCCCUCUUUGAGAAGGCAGCCAGAGAGGGACUCCUCUCUCGGCCAGCUGCCUAAGGAGCAAAGCUCUGUUUUGCUGCCCAGCUGCGUGGAGCCCUUUCUCUGGAGAGAAUCUUCUACUGAGUCUGCUAGACGCCCUGCCAUGGCUACCUUUAAUCCUGAGGCUGACAAAAUAACCCAGGAUGCUGGAGUAUCUGAUGCCCUGGUUUUGGCUUUGAGAGCGAGAAAAGAAGCUGAAUGGGAAAUGGAAGAUGAAGAAAGCUUGAAGUGGAAGUAGAGAAUUAAGUAAUACGCACACCCCAACAAGCACUUUUUAUCUAGAACUUUGCUGUUUGCACAAAUAAAGUAUUUGCAGGAACCUCCUAGAACUCUAAAAA